AUGCGUGGCGAAAAGCGCAAGCGGACCGACGUGAACAACGAUGGCAUCCAUCCAAGGAACAUGUACAGAAACCCACCCGACUUCAAAGCUCUAGCAAAGGCGUAUCCUUCGUUACAGCCGUAUGUCCACGAAUCGAACAUUGGUCAUACCACGUUGAAGUGGAGCGAUCCUCAAGCAGCAAGAGAACUAACGAGAGCGCUGCUGCACCGCGACUUUGGCAUCACGACGUGGCAUGUUCCCCUGAAUCGGUUGUGUCCUCCGCUCCCAAAUCGCCUCAACUACAUCCACUGGAUCGAAGACUUGAUCUUGUUCUCCCAGUCGUCCUACGUGUCUACCGAGGACGCUCCCAUCUGGGGUGUUGACAUUGGCACUGGCGCCUCCGUCAUUUACCCGUUGCUCGGCCAUUCGCUCAACCAGUGGCGCUUCCUCGCGACAGACAUCGACGCAGAGUCCAUCGAAUACGCCGCUGCCAACCUCCGCUCCAACCAUCUCGAACAUGUGAUCCAUCUGGAGACAGUCGCGGACGGGCAUGAUGCGUCGAUUCUUCCGACGGCGUCCAUCCAGCGACGCUGCCGCCACGAUGGCCCCGUCCUCUUUACCAUGUGCAAUCCCCCAUUCUUCGACUCAAUUGACCAAGCCGACACGAACCCGCGAACUGCCUGCACGGGGUCGGCCAGCGAGAUGACGACCCCCGGCGGCGAAGUUGCCUUCGUUACACGCAUGAUCCAAGACAGCCUACUGCUCACGUCCCAAGUGCGAUGGUAUACCUCUCUAAUCGGCCGCAAGAGUUCGCUUCGACCGCUGCUCGCCAUCUUGCGAUCUCACGGCAUUCCCAACAUGCGCACGACCGAGUUCCUCCAGGGGCGCACCACGCGAUGGGGCCUCGCGUGGUCCUUUACCACGUACGGAUCAACCACCCCCAACGAGCAUGGCCACAAAGUUCUCGCCAAGCGACGAGAAGCCAAGCGCCGCCAAGCGCUGACAUUUCACCUCCCCCAGUCAUUCCCUGCAGUAUCGACUGGUCAUUGCGCGUCCAUGGAUGAUGUGCACCGCCGCAUCGUGGACAGUGCCGCCUUGCUUGAAUCGGCCGAGAUGGGGAUUGCAAUUCGUGAAGAACACGUGGGGGAUGAUGGAUCAUUGUCUACACCGUGUCGCACAUACGAACUCGUGGCGACAACUACGAACGAACAAGGAUUACGUCGUACUGUGCUGUUUCACGCGCUGGCACGUGCCCAAGUGUCGACGGAUGACAAGCAGCAUGCGAUAGGGUUUGACAUUUCGCUGGAGUGGCGGCACGGUGUCGCACGAGAUCGAUUUUGGACAUUUAGUGACAAGUGGAAAGCGGCGAUUUUGCGCACUGGCCGUCGCUGGCGCAAGCAAGCAAGCUGUGAGUCCAACACCAAGCGAUCGGUGUUUGGUUGCAUCACAAUUGUAUCCUCCGAACUGGACGACAUGGAAGCACAGGACAUGAGUGAACAUGCACACAACCAAGCUGCCGACGACCUCGAGUCGCCGGUGGAAGAGCAGCACGAUGAUGUCAAGAGACCUCAGGUGGACUUAACCGAGGUUGGAGGUGGGGAAACCACAAAGCAUGGUGACACCGAGCCAGCAGAACCUGCUAGUGUUGAGCAUCAUGUCCACGUGAACGACAAUGACGCGACUGUCGACAACGCUCCAACACCCUUGAAUUCUUCAUCGAGUCCGUCCGUUCCAGUGGACGCAUGGGAAGAAGGGGAAGUGGAGGAAGAAGUGCCAUACGUGAAACCUACGACUGCCACUUCCCACACGUCGGCAUCCCUUGAUCCUGUCGACGAGACCGAGCUCGGCCCAUCAGUGGCGGCGGCAGGCAUUCUUGCGCAAGCACCGCCCGGCACCUUAACGCCGCUGCUGGAGUACCAACAAGGAUACCAUGGCGUGUCGUACGAAAGUACGUCUACGCAGCUUCCAAAGGUCGUCAUCCGCGACCCAUCCAAGUCGAUCAAGACGAGCGACGACAUUCGCCGUCAUUUCGAAGCGAUUGGCGGCGUCCAAGGCCUGACGUGGUCGGCGGACUCUGGCUCGGGCGACGUGACAUUGGCCGACCUGGCGACUCUCAAUGCUGUGUUUGCUCUCCCCGAGCAUACGAUCGGCGACACGACGCUGAUUGUGUCUCCGAUGCCACCGCCCGUGGACCCUACGCUUGUCGAGCAAUUGCGACAGACGUACGAAGGCACGGGGGUGCACUUGAGCAAUGUCAUGCACGGGAUGACCGAAGACGUGAUCAAGGCGGAAAUGAGUUGCUUUGGAGUUAUCACCAGCAUCCGUCGAUGCCUCAAGCCGAUCGAGGAAGCGCCCUAUGGCUAUGGUUUCGUCAACUACGCCACAUCCAGACAAGCAGCCCAUGCGCUGUCCGCGGGGACGCUUACCAUUCACGGCGUCGAAGUGAAGGUCAGCGCCAUCAAGAAGGACUACCAACGAUACCCUGGAGGAGGCCGCGGAGGUCGAGGAGGACGAGGGUUCGACGGCGGACGGGGUGGAGGCCGGGGCGGUCGCUUCUUUGGCGGGCGCGGCGGCCGAGGGGACGGCUUUCGAGACGGCGGCAGAGGUCGCGGCGGCGGACGUGGCGACUUUGGAGGACGCGGCGGCGGACGCGGCGACUUUGGAGGUCGCGGCGGCGGACGCGGCGACUUUGGAGGACGAGGCGGCGGACGCGGCGACUUUGGCGGACGCGGCGGCGGGCGUGGAGGGGGUCGGUUCGGAGGCGGACGGGACGGUCGUGGAGGUCGAGGGGAGUUUGGUCGAGGUGGUGGAGAGUACGGCCGGGGAAGCGGGCCUGGGUAUGCUCCUGCUCAGCCAGCAUACGGCGGUGGUGGUGGUCCUGCUUACAAUGCACCCCCUCCCGGAUCCUACGACGCGCCAUCGUACCCUCCCCAUCAUGAACCACACCAACCAUAUGGAGGGUACCAACCGAGCAGCUACCACCAGCAACAUCAGGCUCCUCCUCCGAGCUACAACGCCCCAUCGUCUUAUCCACCACCUCAGUACCCUCCCAACCAUGACCAGCACCAACACCACCACCCACCACCCCCUACAUCGUCGUAUGGGCAACCUCCAGGCGGGUACGGAGGAGGAGGGUACCAGCAGACUAGUCCGCCGUCGUACCCGCCCGCUUCGUCAUACAACCAGCCCCCUCCACAUGUGUACGAUGCGCCACAGCGGAGUUAUGAGUCGUCUCAGCCGCAUCAGUCAUAUGGCAGAAGCCAAGAGUACGCACCACCCCGGCAGCCAUACGCCACCGCACCGCCUCCGUCGUCGUCGUCUCCGGGGUAUUACAACGCAGGACCGACGACUCAAGGGUACACGCAGCAGUCACCCCCCCCUCGAUCGUAUGGCCAUCCCUCGUCCGAGUAUGGCGGGUAUCCAAGCUACCAUCAACCAGACCACCGCAACGACCCCCCGCCACCUUCGUAUGGCCCCGCCAGAUCGCAAGGAUCCAACUACCGCGCCGGUCCAUAUGACCCCCCGCCACCGUCGUCUUCGUACGGAUAUCGUUAGAGUUGAAAUGGCCAGAACGAGUAAGUAGCAUUGGACGACCUGGCAAAUCACCUUUUGUUACUAUCUAAAGGUCUUUCAUUACCUCUGAAUGGCCGAGCCUUUCGCGACCUUAUUGUAUCGUUGGUAUACAGUAGGUAGUGGUCAAUCAGAAAACCCUCGGAUUCAUGGUACAGCAACGUUUUCAGUGGUUACUGUAAGCUAGCUACGUAGCUUUCUCGACGUCCCCGUUGCAAACUAUUAAUAGUAGAACUGCAUGAUCUUGG